AUGAUGCAAGGCAUAUUUGAAGACCAAAAUAAAGCUGAUUCUGGUUACAAAUCAGACCACACUCGACUUUUCUGCGACCCUCCAUCCAACCCAGGUGACGCCGGUCGACAGAAUCUUAUAACUCCACCUUUACCUCCGCCAAUCGUUUUUGACUAUGAGAAGAAUUCUUUGCCGCCGCAAAAAUUAUCACGAACAUCUUUACCAGAAUCUCCUACUGAUAACGAGCCAAAUUCAGUAGGCAUACCUAUUCGGGGAACCAACAAUCCUGUAGUGGAAAGGCACGAAGAGGAACUGUUAGAGGAUGAAGCUGAAGUGGAAGAGGAUUAUCCAAUGCUAAGAUUGGAUUAUCGCCUUAAGGGUGAUGGGCAUGAUGUAGAGAUAGCAGCCAAUUGUCCUCCUUUACAACCUGAACUACCUGACGAACCCCAGCCACUGCCUCGAAGUUCACAUCGCGGAUUAACAACACCUGCAGUCUUGAAAUGGUUAGAAUCAACUCAAGCAGCUACGGCCGUGGAAGAUGGUAUCAUUUCACCAUUCGCAACUCCUUCAAGUAUAAUGUCUGGUACAAGUUCUCUAGCUCAACCAUUAGGUAGCGGUGAAGACGAAACUAUCUCUGCCAGUCAGCAUGACUUGGUGAGUCGAGUUCUUCGACGUAAUGUUCGUGAAGCAUCCGAAGAACUGAGAAGGGGCUUCUUCCUUGCUGGUUAUCAAUCGGAACCUGUAAACAUUCGACUGGUAAACACCAACCCUGGGGAGAACCUGGGUAUUCAGAUUAAGCCCAUUUUCACAGAACCCGCGGAGGUUAUUCCAUUUGUUGGAGAAAUUCCUCUUAAUACAAAUUCUAAUGGGAAAUGCGAAGCCGGACUUGAAGUUCACGCCAUUAUGCCAAAUGGCAGGGUUGCUAGGGGAGGAAUCCUCUCAGUCGGUGAUCGAAUCUUGAGUGUCAACGGUACCUCUCUCAUCGGCGUGACGUUUGACAAAGGAAGAGAGAUCUUUCAAGAGGCCCUAAAGAAUCCAGAGAUCACACUGAAAGUUCUCCCUUAUACGGGGAACAUUACCCACUGUAAAAUUCCCCCGAAGAGCAAACCAUGUAGUGGAACAAGUCCACCGAUAUUGACACGAGAAGUUGGUGAUACCGGAGUUUCAGACGAGUGUGAGAAACCGAGCUGUGGUCUGGUGGUAGUGAUCGACAACUCCUGCAAAGGAAAAGAGGACAUAGUUUCCAAAUCUGGUCCUCCCCCACCUCCACGUCGUUCACCCCACACCGCGUUGUCUCAGCAUCAGACACAGCUACAGCAACAGGCAGAAAAAGAUCCAUCUUCGUCCAACAAUGCUCCUGUCCUGCCACCUCGUCAGAAGCAGGAUUCAAAAGGCUCUCAUUCCACUACACAGGAAACUAAAACAGUUCGAUUGAGAAAAGGAAAUUGCUCCUUCUUUUCUGCUGGCGGUGCUAUUACUUCAAAUUCUCCAAAGUUCCGUGAUACGUGCUCAUGUUUUACUAUCUCCUUCCUGGAUGGACGGCUGCAAGUAGACGAUCGGUUAUUGUCAAUCAACAACCACCCUCUCUCCUGCCUCUCCUCUGCGGAUGCACUUACAUUGCUCAAAACUUCUAUUUCCAAGAUUACUACUGAUAGGGAACCCUUUAUUCGUCUUCUUGUGGCUCGUAGAUUUCGAAGCAUUGAAGUCGAGGAGGCACCGUCCACCGACCCUCCUCAUACUUUAACAACAGAAGGUCCACAAAAACCUAAAGUUGGCCUGAAUCUCUCCUCGUCUUUGAGGCGUGGUGAUAAGCUUGUCGACGCUGCAAAUCGUUUAAAUUCCUUCGUUGUAUCUGCGAAUGUACAUCAAACAGCACAGGAUGUUACCCCUCAACCCUCUACAUCUACUAGUGACCCCCGACAACGGUCGACUGCUUUCACCAGAAACCAAAAGGCUUUUCUCCAUAUACAACAUCCAAAUUUCCUCCGAAAGUAUUCCUCACUCGAGGCUCUGAUAACCCCUAAACCAAACCGCUGUGAAAGUGAAACCCAAACUGAAUCCCAAAAGCCAACAAAUAAAUAUGAAAAAACAAACCUACAAUUGGAUGCGUCGCUUACAAAUUCAGUCAAAGGCGGUAGCUCAGUUACAUCGGAAACAGCUACCUUCUUCACAGCAAAUUCAGGGACUGUUGACACAACUGAAUCCGACUCAACUAUGCUCAACGAUCUUUCCGUGCGUGCUAUUGAUGAGGAUAAGCUAUCUGAUUGCAGCGGUUAUGACAUCCUUGCGGGGGAUGCAUCAAAACCGUUCGAAGAUGAAUACCUGAUUGGUGGCGCUUUUUCCGAACCUGAAGUGCUUCCAAGCCUUCAAAAUCGAUGGUAUCGUCGCAGAAGGCGUGCCCACAGACGGUGUGAUGUAGUCCGAAGCCAACGCACUGUCGUAGUGGUAAAACAACCUAAAAUUGACCUUGAUAAAAUCAUGGUUGUCGCCUUU